AUGCCUGCCGCUCAGGAGACAAAAAUCUUAUUGGCGCCACUAAAGCUGUUUAGAGAAAUAUUGCGUGCUCAUCGUUCACUACCGCCUGCUAUGCGUUCAUUAGGAGAUGAAUACGUCAAAGCAGAGUUUAAACGACAUAAAACCAUCGAUAAUCCAGCUCAUAUAGUAGGCUUUGUAUCUCAGUGGCAAUCCUAUCUUGACAUGGUGAAAGAGCAAACAGCCCCAUUAGCUGAAGAUUCCACAGCACCUUCUCACGAUCCUUUAGUGAGGAGUUUUCAAGUACCCGAGGGUGGAUGGGGAAAGAAACUGGAUUCACAGCUCUUAGAUAAAAUGAGCGAUGAGCAGUUGAGUCAAUUAUAUGAAUUAAGGACGGAACUGAAAAAGUCGUUCAGUGGGGAUGAUACCAUGAAUGAAGUAAACAACGAAAAGGAGACGAAAUAA